CCGGCCCGCUCUGCCCAGCAUCCGGCCCGAUCUCUCCAUGGGUCUGGGCCGGGGCCGGGGGGUCGACACGGCGGAGAGAGAGAGAGAAAGAGGGGCAGAGGAGGAGGGUCGGGUUAGAGGGUUCCUCAGGGCCGCACUAAACCCCCAGAGAGCCACCGCGCAGGACGGAGAGACGUGCAGGAGGGGACAAGGACCGGAGCAGCGGGGCCAGGCCAGGGUGGGACCGGCCCGGGGGCGCUUUGGUCACCCCAAUCCGGGCCGGGGCUCGGGCUCCUCUGCGCCUUCCUCCAUCCCUCUGUCCUCCUCCUACUAGGAAAAUGUCUCAGCAGCCCCAGCAGGGCAAGCAUCCGGCCCACCCGAGGACGCCGGAGCCGGCCCACCCAAAGUUGCCCACAACAUGCCACCCGAAGACUCCAGAGCCGGGCCACCCGAAGGCUCCUGAGCCGGCCCACCCCAAGUUGCCCGCGACGUGCCACCCGAAGACUCCAGAACGGGGCCACCCGAAGCCUCCUGAGCCGACCCACCCGAAGGCUCCAGAGCCGGCCCACCCCAAGUUGCCCUCGACGUGCCACCCGAAGACUCCAGAGCCGGGCCACCCGAAGACUCCAGAGCCGGCCCACCCGAAGGCUCCAGAGGCGGCCCACCCGAAGGCUCCAGAGCCGGCCCACCCCAAGUUGCCCUCGACGUGCCACCCGAAGAUUCCAGAGCCGGGCCACCCGAAAACUCCGGAGCCGGCCCACCCGAAGGCUCCAGAGCCGGGCCACCCGAAGGCUCCAGAGCCGGCCCACCCCAAGUUGCCCGUAACAUGCCACCCGAAGACUCCAGAACAGGGCCACCCGAAGGCUCCUGAGCCGGCCCACCCGAAGGCUCCAGAGCCGGCCCACCCCAAGUUGCCCUCGACGUGCCACCCGAAGACUCCAGAGCCGGGCCACCCGAAAACUCCGGAGCCGGCCCACCCGAAGGCUCCAGAGCCGGCCCACCCGAAGGCUCCAGAGCCGGGCCACCCGAAGACUCCAGAGCCGGCCCACCCCAAGUUGCCCGCAACGUGCCACCCGAAGAUCCCUGAGCCGGGUCACCCGAAGGCUCCAGAGCCAGCCCAUCCUAAGGCUCCGGAGCCGGCCCACCCCAAGGCUCCCGAACCGGCCCACCCCAAGGGUCCCGAACCGGGCCACCCCAAGGCUCCCCAACCAGGCCACCCUAAGGCUCCCGAACCGGGCCACCCUAAAACCCCAAUGCCAUGCUCACCUCCCACCCAUCAUAAAGCCCCCCCAGCCCAGCAGAUGCCCCAACCCAAGAACAAGUAGGAUCCUCAUGUGUCCCGCUGGAAACCCCCCGCCCUCCCCCGUCCCCAGCCCCCAGGUCACUGACCACACGGCCAAACGGGUCAGACCAUUCAAUCGCAUGCCCUUCCUAUAACCAGACACGGAUGAGCCAAACUCAUCCGGAGACCCCACAGCCCCGACCUCUCUCCCGCCUCCCUCCCUCUCGCUCCUAUCUGCUCUCUCUGGUCUCCCCCCACCCAA